CCGAUGCCAGCGCCGUAUGAAGCAUAUUCCCAAACAGCUCUCGUCCUCGUCCAAAGAUGCAGAACCAUAAGCUCAUUGAAGAAGGCGCGUCAACUUCACGCCUUGAUGUUAACCACCACCGACAUAGGCUUGCAAUCACCGUUUCUGUACAACAAUAUCAUUUCCAUCUAUGCCCGAUGUGGCUCACUCAGGGACUCCCAGCAGGUGUUCGACACAAUGCCUCACAGGAAUCUCGUUUCUUUCAACACGCUUAUCGCGGGCUAUUCUCGAGUGCCAAACAAUGCGACUUUGGCCCUCAGACUUUAUAACGAGAUGGAAAUCAGAGGCCUGAGGCCGAGCAGUUUGACUUUCACGAGCUUACUACAAGCGUCAGCAUUGCUGGAAGAUGGCUUGGUUGGUUCGUCACUUCAUGCCCAAGCUGUGAGGCUUGGUUUACUCAAUGAAAUUUGCGUCCAAACAUCUAUGCUGAAUAUGUACUCAAGUUGCGGGGAUAUGUAUUCCGCAGACUUGGUUUUCGAGGAGAUCGCAGAUAAAGAUGAUGUAGCUUGGAAUUCUUUGAUUGUGGGUAAUUUGAAGAAUGAUAAGGUGCAAGAAAGUCUUCGUCUUUAUAGUGAAAUGUUGAGGAUUGGUUUUACCCCUACAAAGGUUACAUAUUCUUUGAUUUUGAAUGCAUGUAGCCAACUGAAAGAUUAUCAAUCUGGGCGAUCGAUUCAUGCCCAUGUGAUUGUUAGGAAUGUCUCGGCUGAUUUAUAUCUAGAAAACGCCCUGCUUGACAUGUACUGCAAUGCAGGUGAUACAAAUACGGCAUAUAGGAUUUUUUGUAGAAUGGAAAACCCAGACUUGGUUUCAUGGAAUUCAAUGAUGGCUGGAUAUUCAGAGAACAAGGACGGGAAGAAAGCCAUGCAUUUGUUUGUCCACUUGCAGGAAAUGUGCUUUCUUAAGCCAGAUGAGUACACUUAUGCCGCCAUUAUUUCGGCAACUGGCGCAUUCCCAUAUUCCAAUUUUGGAAAACCUCUUCAUGCUCUGGUUACCAAAGUAGGAUUUGACAGAAGUGUGUUUGUAGGGAGUAAUCUUUUGUCUACGUACUUCAAAAACAAUGACACUGAAGCUGCUCAAAAAGCAUUUUAUUCAAUCUCACAGAAGGACGCUGUUCUCUGGACGGAGAUGAUAACGGGUUAUUCUAAAGUGGCUGAUGCCAGAGGUGCAAUUAGAUGUUUUUCAGAAAUGUAUCAUGGAGGGUACAAGGUCGACAAUUAUGUUCUCAGUGGAGUUUUGAGUGCAUGUGCUGAUCUUGCUAUUUUAAGACAAGGCGAAAUGAUUCAUUCCUAUGCUGUUAAAUUGGGCUAUGAUACGGACACUUCUGUUUCUGGGAGUCUGGUUGAUAUGUAUGCCAAAAACGGCAGCCUUGAAUGUGCACAAGUGGUUUUUUCCCAAGUUUCAAACCCAGAUUUGGAGUGUUGGAACGCAAUGCUUGGAGGAUAUAGUCGCCAUGGAAUGGUUGUGGAGGCAUUGAAACUCCUCGAGGAGAUUUUGGAACAGGGUCUGAUUCCAAAUCAAGUGACAUUCUUGUCUCUAUUGUCUGCUUGCAGCCACAGUAGAUCGUUUGAGAAAGCGAAGAUCAUCUGGAAUUAUAUGGUUAACGUCGGCUUGACUCCUGGGCCUAAGCACUACUCAUGCAUGGUAACCUUAUUGAGUAGAGCAGCAUUGCUGGAAGAAGCAGAAGAAAUUAUCAAUAAAUCUCCUUAUGUUGAAGAUAAUCUGGAACUUUGGAGAACUCUGUUAAGCUCAUGUGUCAUGAAUGGAAAUUUGGAAGUGGGCAUUCGUGCUGCCGAUGAAGUGUCAAAACUGGAUGCAGAACAAGGUCCAACACUAAUCUUACUUUCUAAUCUGUACGCUGCCGCCGGGAGAUGGGCUGAUGUUGCAGAAAUAAGAAAGAAGUUGAAAGGGUUGAUGCUGCAAAAGGAGCCGGGUCUGAGUUGGAUUGACGCCAAACACGACAUCUCCGUAUUCUCUUCAGGAGAUCGAUCACACCCUAAGAUCGUUGAGGUGCAAGCCGAAUUGGAUGGUCUAAGAAUGAAUAUGGGCAGAACAGAAAUUGAUGACAGCGAGGCAGGGGAGAGCAUGCUUCUCUAGCGUUUGCAUGUAUAUAAUACUUCCAAUGGUAAUGGUUAAUGCUUAAUAUAACAGUUAAUUAGCUAAUUUGGAAAA